AAACGACAGCAGUUCAGUCGACAAAGAGCAAGCUCAGCAAUUGGAUAACCCCUCAACUUAAGCAAGGAAUCUCCCAUAAUGAAGUUCUUCGUGUGCAUCUUGGCUUUGGUGGGCGUGGCUUCAGCUGGUCUUCUGCCUCAUUUGGACAGCCAUCAUGGCUACCACCAUGAGGAACUGCCUCAUCUGCUGGACGCCGAGAUCCACCAUUCGGAUGGCAUCCAUCUGGGACACAGUGCGGCAAUUGUGCACGAUGACCACCAUCUGAACCACCACCUGGAUCACCAUUUGGAUCAUCAUUUGGUGGAGUCGUUGCCAACCACAGUGUACCACCAUGAGCCGCACCACUACCACUACGCCCGUCUGCAUGCCGCUCCGGUGGUCCAUCAUCACCACCAUGACACCCAUGCCGCCGUGGUGCAUCACAACGUGGUUCCCGCCCACUUCGACACCCACACCCAUUCGAACCUUCUGUCCUUUGCCAAACAUGCCCUGCACGGAAAGUACGGAAAGGUCAGGAUCACCGAGACCCAUUAUUGAGAGAUUCCAAAACCAUCCAUUGUCCAUUAAACUUCUGACUAGCCAAAACGCUCUUUUAAUGUAAUUUAUUAAGUUAGUUUUACGAAAAUAACUCGAAUAAACGGGUGACCA